UUUCUUCUGCUUUGUUGUCGACCCAGAACAACCAUACAAAAACAUAACCAUUCGCGUUUGAGAAAACAAAAAUAGGUUUCUCCUCUUUCCUUCAUUCAUUUACGCUUCUUUUCUUUCUCCUCUUUCCUUCAUUAAUUUACCAUUAUUUCCAUUAAUCCAUAACUGUUCAUUCUCAAUUAUUUCUCUUCAAUCCACUCACCCAUCUCGUUUCAACUAUUUGUCAGGUUUUUUUCUUCUUUGUGUUUUCUACACUGUUUCUUCUCUCCAUAUUCUUUUCUUUUUUUUGAUUAUAUCUUCAUCAUUUGAGAUGUGAUUUUCAUUAUUUUCUUUUUAUACCAUGUUCGUUUUCUCUCUCUCUUUUCAUUUUCACUUUUUUCUCACACCUUCUAAUGUAGUGUCAUUACCCUUUCAAGACUUCUUCUCAUUCAACUCAUUCCAGACUCUUGGCUAGCUUUCUAGGUUAAAAAAGUUAUUUUAUUUUAUUUUGUUAGCAAAAAUGCCUAUGUAUCAGCCUUCUAUGGUUGUGGGUUUUGAGGGUGGUGGUGAUGGUCAGAUUCUAGAUCUGGACACCGCCGUGAAAGAUGGUGUUUUGGGUGGUGGGGUUGUGGGAAGUGGUGGUGUUGGUGUUGGUGGUGAGAAAUUAGAUCUGAGAAAAAUGAUUCAAGAGCUUGAGUUAUGUGAAGUACCAAGUGUUUUCAUUUGUCCAAUCUCUCUUGAACCAAUGCAAGACCCUGUUACACUUUGCACUGGACAAACCUACGAGAGGAACAACAUUCUUAAAUGGUUUAACCUAGGACACUUGACAUGUCCCACUACUAUGCAAGAGCUUUGGGAUGAUUCCAUCACUCCAAACACAACGCUUUACAGACUCAUUUACACUUGGUUCUCUCAGAAGUAUUUGUUGAUGAAGAAACGCUCUGAAGAUGUUCAAGGAAGAGCUUCUGAGCUUGUGGAUACACUCAAGAAGGUCAAGGGUCAAGCUCGUGUUCAUGCUUUGAAGGAGCUUCAUCAAGUUGUGGCUUUUCAUGCCACUGCUCGUAAGUCUGUCAUUGAUGAAGGUGGUGUUUCUGUUUUGUGUUCUUUACUUGGUCCUUUUACUUCAUAUGCUGUUGGUUCCGAAGUUAUUGGUAUUCUUGUUAGUUUGACACUUGAUUCUGAAUCCAAAAAGAAUCUUAUGCAACCUGCUAAGAUUUCGUUGAUGGUUGAUAUCUUGAAUGAGGGUUCAAUUGAGACCAAAAUCAAUUGCACGCGGUUGAUUGAAUCGUUAAUCGAGGAGAAAGAUUUUCGGUCCGAGAUUAUCUCCAGCCAUAGUCUAUUGGUUGGUUUGAUGAGGCUUGUCAAGGAUAAGAGACAUAGCAAUGGAAUCUGUCCUGGAUUAAGCCUCCUCAAAACAGUGUGUUUCUAUAAAGAAGUUAAGAUUUUGUUAGUUAGCAUUGGUGCUGUUUCUCAAUUAGUCGAAUUGUUGUCUGGUAUGGACCAUGAUUGUUUGGAAUUAGCGCUUUGUGUUUUGGAUUCGUUGUCGUCCAUACCCGAAGGCAGAGUCGCUUUGAGGGAUUGUGUCAACACGAUACCUAUCAUGGUGAGGUUUUUGAUGAGGAUCUCAGAAACAUGCACUCAGUACGCGUUGUCGAUUCUGUGGUCUGUUUGCAAGCUUGCGCCGGAGGAGUGUUCGGCGAUUGCCAUCGACGCAGGGCUUGCUGCGAAACUUCUUCUAGUGAUUCAAAGUGGUUGCAAUCCAAUACUAAAACAACAAUCCGCCGAGCUUUUGAAACUGUGUAGUUUGAAUUAUUCAGAUACUAUCUUCAUUUCCAAGUGCAAGCUUACAAGAACCAUCCAAUGACACUGGAUUAUUAAACUCGGCGGCGGUGCCGAUAAUUUUGUAUAUUCCAAAGGAGCAAGAUAGUAAAGGUUAGCACAGCUUCUCAGAUCACAGAACUUCAAUAACUCCCCCAAGAUGUGAAAAUGGGAUUGAGGUGCAAGUCUCUCCUGUAUAUAUUUUUUAGUAUUUUGAUUCCAACAAUUGAUUUGAUUGAUGAAUGAAGAAGAAUCAUAAUGUGGAAGUUACAAUAAGCCCCAUCAAGAAGAUACUUGAAUUCUUUAUACUGCUUUUGGGGUUUGGUUAUAUGGAUGUUGAAGUUAUGCUGUUGUUGUUGUUGUUGGAUUGUUGGAUAAAGAUACUUGUUAGGAGAGUUAUCAUCACACAUGAAUCAAAGAUGGAGCUUGCAAUUUCAAUUGUAAUUGUUGAGGAGUUGCAUUGCUCCAAGCCCUUACAUUUUCAUUGUAUCUUCUUCUUCCACUUUUGGUCUUUUUAGAGGCCUCCAAUUUUCCAUUAAAGAAAUAUUGGGAAUUUUGCUUUUGAUCUCAAAAAAAAAACAUGUGUAGAGAGACACUGGAGAGCCUGUGAAAACCUUCAAUUUUUAUGUGUACAAUGGAAUUGAAAACCAACUAUUUCAUUUUAUUUAA